UGUGAACAGUCUCUUUGUGGUUUUUACGUUUAAAGUCAAUCUAUUCAUUGGCCCAGUUUUUAAUCCAAUGGCCGAUCCUUGGGGUCAGGUUCCGAAGCACCAGGGUAACUAUGUAACCAUCCAGAAUGAAGCCAACGGCCAGAGUACUCGGACGGAAUAUACCAGCAGUCAGGAGUCCCUGGCCACUGAACCAAGUCAACCGAAUACUAUCUGUGAUGAGGACAUAGAGCAGCCUACCGAUGGGACUAGAAUAGUUUCUGGUGAGGAGAGUAACUACUAUCCCUACACCACGUUCCUGCGAAACACGGUGGUUGUGAGGAGCGGCGAGUGCUGUCCCCCCAAAGACAACUUCGGCUAUUUCCAGCAGCGUUCCAGAAGUUCCACUUGCAAGAAGUGCAAAAAGAGCUCGACAACUCGCAACUUGAACUACCAGGACUACGACAAUCGAUCUUUGGUGGAGCACGAUGAUGAGAACUUGUCCUGCUCCCAGCCCCAGCGCAAGUCCUCCAGGCAUUCAUGCUGCUCCGCGAAGGAGAGACGCAAGCCGCCACCCGACAACUCAAAUGCUCCCAACAGAUCCAAUUGUUGCUGCCCUCCGCCAAAGCCGAAGCCGAUGCCCUGUCCCAAGCCCCCCAGUAAGCCCCCAAAGGACUGUUGCUGCGAUCCACCGCCAGCUCCCAGUAAGCGGUGCAAAUCUCGAUCUAAGUCCCGCGAGCGCGUACCAGAAAAGAGUUGUGCCUGCCCUCCAAAGGGCGAUGGGCGAAGGGCUCACAGGUCCGGUUCAGCUCACUACAUGGAGUACCAGGACUUUCAGGGUAGUAGCCCCGGCCCAAAAAAUCCCGUGUGCCGUAAGCGGGGAAAAAGCCUCAAUCGAAAAGAAUCGAACUACAGCUGUAAGUCGGGGGGAUCCCGGGGACGUCGUAAGCAUCGGACAGAUCCUCCAAAUCAGUCCUACUACCUGAGGGAGAGAACCCUAGCCGCCCAGCAGUGUGGGGUGAGGCGGCACGCCCAGUCCCACCUGAGGGGCAAGUGUUCAUACGGGCGAUCUCCACCGCCUCCGCAAAAGCGAUCGUGUCCGCCGCCAUAUCCAACAGUGCCUCCUCCCUCCUGCAAGAAUCCCAAAUGCAAAAAUAAUCCGGCGAAGAAGACCUGCCCUGCGAAAAAGAAAAAACAACGUGUAGAUCGCUAUGCUGGCGAUAAUGGUUGCGGCUUGCCUACGGAUUAUAUAAUUCACAGUCGCUCCCAACAAAGUAGCGUCAGGAAUCCCGUGACCUGUUGCAGUGACCACUACAUUCGCGGUGGCUAUUUGCCCCAUGAGACGCACUACGAUGAACGGGGGGGACAGUGUCCGCGGAAAAGGGGGAGAUCCAUGGAUCGGUGCAGUCGCUCAGUUCCCGCCUGUUCCAACGAGACCAUGAUGGAGAAACCCGUGCAGAGCUAUCGCUACAGUUGUCCCGAGAAUGGAAGGAAUUCGCGGCGGUCCCCGCCCUGCCAACGGCGUGGGGAGCGUGUUGGGAAGAGGUGUGCCGCGGCGAUGGCUAACAGGUGCUGUCCAUUGUGUGGAAUGAACGCUAUGAUGCCGAAACCUUCAAUAAGAUCCUUGGCAGAUCCCACCAAUAAGAAGUCGCGGACCAUCUACAAGUCUAUGACUCCGCCAGCCUGUCGUCCCAGGCCCAAAAGGAAAUCCAACAAAUACAAUCUGACCAUUUGCUACAAGGCCAAGAACCGCUGCCAGGGCGGAAAGAAUAGUCACUACUCGCCCUUGUCGUUGAGUUCGGCGCUGAGGAAAAGAGCAAAGGUGGCUCAAUCCGGUGUCCAGAUUGAAACGCCCAAAUCCAUAUCCUUUAAAGAUGAUGAUUUAGGUGCCAAGCUGGAGCAGCAGUUCACUCGGCCGACGUUUGUUACCAAAGCCUAUCAUGCACUCCCCUUGAAAGCGGGCUUUCUGUUCGACGCAUUUUCCCAAGCCCGUACACUGUCCAUAAGUCCGACUGCCACCACGCCAGCACAACCUAACCAGAUUAAAGUCCAGACACCAACGCCACUUUUGGGGUCCAGACUAAGUCAUCCACCAAGCAAAGCAAGUCCGGUUCACACAAAACCUUCUGUGGUGUCACCAACCCUGGCACCUUCCACUUCUAAGAAACAAACUUCGUCUGCGGCUUCUCCAGCGGCUCGAUCGGUUAUCCUGCGAAAUUUCAUUGCAGAUCCUUCGGCUCAGACUCCCCAUCAAAAAUUACCCAAAUCUAGUGUCGAAACCAAGAAGACCAUAGCACAAAAAACUGUCAUGGAUGGACUAACAGCUAAGGACCAUCGAUCUCAGCCGGAAAAUAUUACCAAGUCCCUCACACCGGCUAAAAAUCUUCGAUCCUCAAUAGGUCCACCUAAGCCUGUUAGAGCUCCGCUUGAGCAGCCAGAUAAGGCUCUAAAACCUUCACCUGAACUGGUUAAAAGUCCUCCAUCUCCGUUUGAAAAGUCAACAAAGUCGCUUCGAUUUCCGGCUGAAGAGUCAGAUAAGACCAAAAAAUCUCCUCCAGAAAAGUCACAAAAAUCAGAAAAGUCCCCGGAACCUCCUUCUGAACAGCGCACAAAGUCUCGUCGAUCUACACUCCAUGAACUAAGAUCUGAUACCGAUGGACAUAAUGGACCCAAACAUUUUCGAUCGCCUUUCAAUGUUCAUACCUCGUCCUGCCUAAAAAAUGUGGAAUAUCCUCGUACGGUUGAGACCCAAAUGAGUUUACCGGCUGCUCGGGGAGCUUCCUACUUGGGCACCGAGAUAAAUCCCUUCUACCGGGGCAGCUUCCUUAAGGUUCGCGUUUCAAAGGAGUUUCAGCAAUCACACCUGAACCCCAUUAGCCAGAGGACGAAGAAAAUCGAGGAGGAAAAGAAACCGAAGAAGGAAUGGUUGAGUCUACACGCUCCAAGCUUCAGUACAAAGAAUUUAAUGAAGCUUGUGUUUGGGGAUCCCUUUGUCAGGAUGGGAGCGAAUCCCCACUACACCUUCAGCUGGAAGAAACUGUUCUCCUUUAACGGCCGAUCCAAGAGCCAGACUCGCUCCAAAGUUGGACUCAAAUCAGUGCCAAGUGGGUCCAAUAAGGGCUGAAUGUCUCAGGAUCCCAUAACCUUGGCCACGAUUGUCAAAUCAAUCUCAACUACAACAGUAUCAUGAAAUGAACAUAUUCUGAAUCAAUAAAAUUAUGGACCACACCCAGAGCUCUAACUACCACUCCGAGAACCCAUAUGAAACUGACCAUGAAGAAGAUGACGAGAGCCAGUCGGAGGUUGAUCCGGCCCAGAGCCUCUUCGAGAAGACAAGUGUAGCUGGCCAUGAUGUAGAUGACCCGAUCCAGCCGGAGAUUAGUCAGGCCCUGAGCCUCUUCGAGAAGACGAGUGAAGGUGGCUGUGAAGAAGGAGACGGCAGCCAGCCGGAGGUUAAUCAGGUUCAGAGCCAUGGAGACAUUCCCUCAGAGUCAUCCCAGUAUAGUCAGCAGUGGUAUCCUGCCGCCCAGGAACCUUAUCCCAAUACCACCAAAAAGACUAAGGAUCUAACCAAACCGUGGAAAUUUUCUGGUGUUUCAAAGUUUUUCGCCUCCAAGAGGAUAAUGCGUCUUGUGUUUGGGGAACCCUUUUUCAGGAUGUCUGCGAAUCCCCACUACACCUUCAGCUGGAAGCAGCUCCUGUCGUUUGGCAAAAAAUCCAAGAUCCAAUAUCGCAACAAAGUCGGUGGAGCAUAGUUUGAGGAUCGCUUGACCUAGGCCACGAUUGUCAAAGCAAGCUUAAAAUGUCAGUUUUUUAAAAAAUGAAACUUUUCGGAAUCAACAAAAUUAUG